AUGGUGCAUUCAUCCCAGCGCAGAGACGCAUCUAGUGCCAAAACACCGGCCAACAAACUGGCCUGCACCAGGCUUCGCAAGAGUGGCAUUCUUCAGCAACAGCUGGAAUUAUUUCAGACAUUUCGGCAACAGAGUCUGGAGAAUAUUAACACGACAAACAGAGAACACUCUACAUUUAAGUUUUCUGUGAACAAUCUCAAUCUUUUUCAGGUACAGCCUAAAACCCGUGAGAUACUAAAUAAAAAUAUAUUUGAAAUGAAAGCUCCACUAUGUAGUUCAGACAAGAUUCUGAUGACUUGCAUACCAAGGGAUGCAUUUCUGGUCUGUUCAACAAUUUUUACCUACAAACCACUGAUGGUGAAUCCUGAAUCACUGUCUUCUAAGGGAAAAGUUCAACAUGAUCGAGAACCCUGCUCAGAUGAGCAUGUGGAAGUAAAUUCCAAUAUUGGAAAUGCUGUCAGUGAUAUAAAUAUUCCACACAGGAUUUCGCUUAAAACUAUAGCAACUGAAAAGGUUGAAAAUUCAGAAAAUUUGUUUGGAAACAACAGAAUACUUGCAAGAAAAAAUGAACAUAAAUGUGGAUAUUUGCUAACUGGCACUGAUUUGGAGACAGAAAUGCUGAAUGCUGCCUAUGAGAAGGCCAUUUUGAGUGAAUCUAAACAUCAUAAUCCAGGUUCUUUUCCUGAAAUGGUGAAAGAUAAGCUACUAAUAGUUGAUAACAAAGAGCAACUAAAAAAAGAAAAACAACAACAGACCACUUUAAAUCAAACAUUACUAAGGCCAGGAAAUCAGAAGUUCAGCAAAAUCAAAGUAGCCUCCCGAUACAAUGGCAAAAUUGAAGCAUUGCAAAAGUCCCUGAAAAAUCCUGAGCAUCUGCAAAAAACAGUACAUGAUCUUCCACAUGAAAAUUUCUCUCUCAAGAACAAAGUGGAAAUUCUUAAUGUUACCAUAGAAUCUUUGAAAGAAAAAAUAUAAUGUAAUACACAAAUCAAGAAUUUAGCUGAAGAAAACAGAAGUGUGCAAAUCCAGUUGGUUAAAUCACAAGAAGAUAACAAGGAAUGUAUUAAGGAAGCAAAGAACUUCUUAAGCAAAUGCAAAGAACUCCAAAACCAGAAAAACAUCCUUGAGGAAGAGAGAAAUCAACUCAGUAAUGGAAACCAACAUUCAAUACAGAUACUGUAUGUCACAAAACAUGACUUUUACAUUAGGAACCAGAAAGUAAAAGAAGAGAUGAGUGCUGUUACCUGUGAAAGAGAGAGGCUUGGUAUAAUCCUAAAGUUCUUGCAAAGGGAAUGCUUCAAGUUAAAAGAAACAAAUAAAAAGCUUAAGAUAGAAAUAUCCCAGGGGUUUACAAAAGAAAAUAGUUCCCUAGAGACUGAAAGCUUUCAGGAGCCUGAAAGCCUUCAAGAGCUUGAAAGAAAUCAGACUGAAAUGCAAGAAAUAAAAGAAAACACAGCAAAAUCUGAACUGGAAACUCAUCUUCAGUUAAUGCAAACACAUCUUCGAUUAAUGCAAAUAUAUCUUUGGCUAGUGCUAACACUGGAAGCAAAAAAACUUAACCUUUAAAUGCCCUGCAGGAAUGUUAUACUAAACAGAUGCUGCAGAAGGACUUUUAAGAAACUCCAGUCAGGUAAAGCUCCUGCAGAAAAGAAAUCAACGGCUGAAAUCGGAAAUGCAAAAGCAGAUAUUGAUCUUUUAAAGUCUAACUUGACCAGUGCAAAAGGAGAAUGCAAGAGGUUAUCAACAGCACUAACAAAUGUCACGGAGGAAAAUCAGUUACUUAAGAAGGAAAUGUGGGAAUAUAGACAAGACAUUUCCAUAUAUGAAAGUCACAUUAGAAAACUGACUGAAGAAUGCUUACUAUUAGAAAAUCUCCUGUGGAUUACUGAAAAUGAGAGAUGUAUUACACCUUGAAUUCCACCAUUUGCAUAAGGAUUAUAUUUACCUCGGAUGCCAAGCUACAGCUCUAGUCUGUGGGCAAAGGAAACCUGGUUACCAGGUACCGUGGUACUGCUACCAUGCAAUAUAACUGGUACUCUGAAUAUUACAUUAGAAUUUGUACAGAAAUCUCUGUUCUAAGUAUAAAGCCUUGGAAUAUGAUUCACAAUGUAUGAGCUUUAUUUUGCAAUAUCGUAUUAGCUGAAUUUCUUUUCCAGGUAAUACCUGAUAAUCUGCAACAGUUUAUUGCUUCAAAUAAAUGGUAGUAAACCAUUUUCUUUUGUAAAACAUUUACAAUUCUGAUGUCCAGUCAUUUCCAUGUUUUUGUAAUGUUCUAAAAAGAACUGCCUGUUUUGUUGAUACUUGGCUGACUUUCACACAUUCACAAAAGCAGAUCUUUACACUCUCUAUGUAGUAUAAAGAAAUUUAAUGGAACUGUGACAGUUUAUAGGAGAUAGAAUUCAGUCCCUAGGAUUUCAGAGUCAGAAGGGAAUCUUAACAACCUUCUAGCUGAACAGCUUAGUACAUGCCACAACAUUUCACUGGUUAUUUCUGCAAGAACCCCUAAAUUAAGUUUAAACUAUGUUUACGUAUGUUUUAGAUGACAUCUCAUUCUGGUCUAUGUUUAACCAACACAAGGUACCCUUUAUCUCUUU